ACGCCGUUCCCCCCGCGGCGGGCGCCGAGCGCGGAGGCAGCAACUUGGCGAGGACUUGGUGGGGUUUUUUAAUUCAUUUCUUUUCUUUUUUUUUUUCCCCCUUCUUCUCUCCUCCUCCUCCUCUCUCGCCUCCUCCCUCGCCUCCUCCCCCGCCGCUCCUCCCGCUCCCUUCCCGCGGCGGGCCGGCGGCCGCAGCAGACGCCGCGCUGCCGCGAGGAUGCCGCAGCUGCCGGGGGCCGGGGGCGGCGGGGGGGACCCGGAGCUCUGCGCCACCGACGAGAUGAUCCCCUUCAAGGACGAAGGGGACCCCCAGAAAGAGAAGAUCUUCGCCGAGAUCAGCCACCCCGAGGAGGAGGGAGACCUGGCCGACAUCAAGUCUUCUCUGGUCAACGAGUCCGAGAUCGCGCCCGGCGCCGGCGGGCACGAGGUUUCCCGGCAGACUCCAGCGCAGGAUUCCUACCAUGACAAGGGCAGGGAGCACCCGGAGGAAGGAAAGCAUCCUGACGGUGGCUUGUACAGCAAGGGACCAUCGUACUCUGGUUACUCGGGGUAUAUCAUGAUGCCAAAUAUGAACAACGACCCGUACAUGCCUAACGGAUCUCUGUCGCCACCCAUCCCCAGAACAUCCAACAAGGUGCCAGUGGUACAGCCUUCUCACGCAGUUCACCCCCUCACCCCCCUUAUCACCUACAGCGAUGAGCACUUUUCCCCAGGCUCCCAUCCAUCUCACAUCCCCUCCGACGUCAGCUCCAAGCAAGGCAUGUCCAGGCAUCCUCCAGCUCCUGAUAUCCCUACCUUCUAUCCCUUGUCUCCAGGGGGGGUUGGACAGAUAACACCACCUCUUGGCUGGCAAGGUCAGCCUGUAUAUCCCAUCUCGAGUGGAUUCAGGCAGCCCUACCCAUCCUCACUCUCAGUCGACCCUUCCAUGUCCAGGUUUUCACAUCACAUGAUUCCUGGUCCUCCAGGCCCUCACACAACUGGAAUCCCUCACCCAGCUAUUGUAACACCUCAAGUAAAACAAGAACAUCCGCACAACGACAGUGAGCUAAUGCAUGUGAAGCCUCAGCACGAACAGAGAAAAGAACAAGAGCCAAAAAGACCUCAUAUUAAGAAACCUCUGAAUGCUUUCAUGUUGUACAUGAAAGAAAUGAGAGCGAACGUCGUAGCAGAGUGUACUCUGAAAGAAAGCGCAGCUAUCAACCAGAUUCUUGGCAGAAGGUGGCAUGCUCUCUCUCGUGAAGAACAAGCAAAAUAUUAUGAACUAGCUCGUAAAGAAAGGCAGCUACACAUGCAGCUGUACCCGGGCUGGUCUGCAAGAGACAACUACGGGAAGAAAAAGAAGAGGAAGAGAGAAAAGUUGCAGGAAUCAGCAUCAGGUACAGGCCCCAGAAUGACAGCUGCCUACAUCUGAAGCAUGGUGGGAAAAGAAAUGCUUUCUCAACUUGCAAAGCAAAGGCGGCGACACCAGGACCCCUGCUGGAGAUGGAAGCUUGUUAAACCCUAGGUGUGUCCUUCAUCCACACAGACCACCCCCAAGGAGUCUGUCUAGGAUGUCAUUCACCCUGAUGUCACUGCUAAAGACACUGAACCAUAAAGACAAUCACUGCCAAAAUCCUUCACUAUCACGAGGUCCAGCCCUGAUAUAAAUAGAGCAAAUAAGCUCCUGGGUCAGCAGAGCAGCUUCUGUCUUCACUCCACCUCUGCCUUGCACUCUUAAGCCCUCGUCUCAUCCGUGUCCAUGUUGAGUCAGCAAACAAAGUAGCGUGGCUGUCUCUGCCUGCUUCAGCCAACUUAGAGCACCGCUGCCCCAUACAGCACAUCGAGGAAUGGAAUUUGCCUGGACCAGGACGACACACUCAAAACUUCUUUUUAUUUAAUGGUGCGACAGGAUCAAUUUGGGUUUUAGCUUUUUUAAGAAACUUGAAUGCUUUUAUAUUUUAACUUUUAGUUUGUAAUUUCCUUGGUGUAUAUUUUCCUAGGUCUGAGCUUUGAAACAACUGUCAAAAAUCUGAACUACUUUUUAAAUAAAGGGGUUUAUUUUCCUUUUUUUUUCUUUUUUUUUCCUUUUUUUUUCCUUUUUUUUUUUUUAAUUAUUAUUUUUAUUAUUUUCUCCUGCCAGAGGAAAAGCCUGUAUGGAAAAAGGUGGCUUUUUUUUUUUGUUAAACUACUUGUAACAAAUAGUGGCCUCUCAGUCUAUAUAAUACAGUGUCAUAUAGAACUAAAUAAAUGUACCAACAGUCAGCUGGUCAGUAGCCA